AUGGCAGAUGAUGUAGAACAGUGUCGAGCAGCUUUGAAGAGAUGGCCCCACAGUCAUUCUGAUCAACCACAGUCUCUCAACAAUCUUGCCAUCUGCCUUCGAGACAGAUUCAUGCAGCAGGGCGUCCCGUCUGACAUUGACGAGUCCAUUGAGCUCCACCGGGCUGCACUACUCCUUCAUCCCUCCGGUCAUUCUGAUCGGCCAAAGUCUCUCCACAAUCUUGCCAUCGGGCUGCGCUAUUCCUUUGUAGCCCAGAUCAUUCUGAUUGAUCGUGGUCGCUCCACAAUCUCGCCAAAAGCCUUUGAGAGAUUCGCGUGGCAAGGCGUUCCGUCUGACCCAUCGAGCUCAAUCAGGCUGCACUACGCCUUCUUCCUCCCGGCCAUUCUCUUCAGUCAUCGUCUCUCAGAGGCCUUGCCAACAGCCUUCGAGACGGAUUCCAGCAGCGGGGCGUCCCGUCUGACUUUGCUGAAACAUUUAGCCUAUUCUCACAACUCUCCCACAUAUCUCACGUAG